UGGUUAGUUUCUCAGUUUAGAGAGAGCGAGAGAGAGGAGAGAGAGAGAGAAUCGCUUCGUAUAUAAGCCAUCGAAGCUGAAGGCCAACUUUUUCUUUGGGGGAGAGAGAGAGAAAGAGACGAGGGAGUUCUAGAGAGAGAGAGAGAGUGGAGAGAGAGGGAAAGGGGGCUCUUGGCUUCGGGACUUUAAAGAGGCACAGGAGCUGCGGCCAUGGCUGACUCUAACGAUUUCGUUUCUGUUGAUAUGGAGAAGAUCUAUCUCGGUGGAAAGGAACAUAUAAUACAAACCGGCCGUGGCAAUGUGUCUGUUAUCAUCUAUGGGGACCAAGACAAGCCCGCACUUAUUACUUAUCCUGAUUUAGCUUUAAACCAUAUGUCUUGUUUCCAAGGAUUAUUUUUUUGUCCUGAAGCAUCUUCUUUGCUGCUCCACAACUUCUGUAUAUACCAUAUCAGUCCUCCUGGCCAUGAGUUGGGAGCUGCUCCAAUUUGCCCAGAUGAUCCUGUGCCUUCUGUUGAUGAUUUAGCAGACCAGAUUGUUGAAGUUCUCAACUUUUUUGGGCUUGGUGCAGUUAUGUGUAUGGGAGUAACAGCGGGUGCCUAUAUCCUUACCUUAUUUGCUAUGAAAUAUAGAGAGCGUGUUCUUGGUUUGAUACUUGUAUCUCCUCUAUGCAAAGCACCCUCUUGGUCGGAAUGGAUUUAUAAUAAGGUGAUGUCAAAUUUGCUAUAUUUUUAUGGCAUGUGUGGUUUGCUAAAAGAGUGUUUGCUCCAACGGUAUUUCAGUAAGGAGGUUCGGGGUAAUGCAGAAGUUCCAGAAUCCGAUAUAGUUCAAGCAUGCAGAAAGUUGCUGGAAGAGAGGCAGGGCGUAAAUGUUUUGCGUUUUCUUCAAGCAAUUAAUGGGAGACGUGACAUUACAGAGGGCUUGAAGAGUCUAAAAUGUCGCACACUUAUUUUCAUCGGGGAUAGCUCCCCUUUUCAUUCUGAGGCUCUUUACAUGACAGCAAAAUUAGAUAGGAGAUAUAGCGCCUUAGUAGAGGUUCAGGCUUGUGGCUCGAUGGUGACAGAGGAGCAGCCACAUGCAAUGCUUAUACCAAUGGAGUAUUUCUUCAUGGGCUAUGGUUUGUAUAGGCCUUGCCAGUUCAGUGACAGCCCAAGGAGCCCACUCAGCCCAUCCUGCAUCUCUCCGGAGCUCCUCUCUCCAGAGAGCAUGGGAUUAAAGCUCAAACCGAUAAAGACCCGCGUCACACUUGAGGUUUAAUGCGGAAGACAGGUAGAGGUGCAAAUAUGAUAACCUUUUGUGAUUCAGAAAAACAACCAAUCGUGCUUCAUUUUCUUUUUGUUCAUUGAUUUUUUGAUUAUUUAAGAAGGGUAGAAGUCGUUGGAGGAGGGGUUGUUGAUAAGAAGAGGAGAAUUAAAAGGGAUAUAUAUAUAUAUAUUUAUUUAUAUGUUAUACAGUUAGGGAGGAUGCUUACAUUCAUUCAUUUGUAGUCAGUCAUAAAGGGUAUCAUUUGAGCCAUCUGUAAAGUAUAAAAAUGGACAGAGAAAUAUGUUUAUGAUGACGAAAAAUCAAUAAUAGAGAGGAACUCCCCCAAUUAUUUUGAAGACUUCC